CACCAUUCACUUAUAUUUCAUCACGGAGAGACCAAGUAACAACUCAUUCAAUUUUUAUAGUGAAGUUUUAUAUUGCAAUAAAACUUAGACUAUAAAAUGAGCAAAGUAAUACAAUCGGUGGUUCUUUGCAUCAUACUUGCCUGUAUGUAUGGUUCACCAGCACACACUAUGAGUACCCAGGAUGUCGAGAAUUCUCAACACAAGAUGAUGUUUGAGGAAUUGUUCGUUGUUGAACGUCGAACUUUGACGGAUGACGGCAUUAUAAUAGAAGUAGAGGCUCUAAAAGGGUCAAGUGCUUUGACAGUCUUCACUGACGUCACUUAUGGACUACUCAUUUAUCGAUACAAGGGCGAUGACAUUUGUUAUAUAUCGAGCCUAGCGGAGUACAAUGAUACCAGAUCGGCACAAGAAAACCCUUCAAGUAUGUUCAAGUACAGGUUGGAACCAAUUUCAGAACUUAACCAUCAUUACUUCAGCUACACGGCUACUGAUUCGAUGAAACGCAUUUGCAGUGGCGCUAAAAACAUAUUAUGGAGUAAAAUUGACGCUGAGGAUGAUAAGGAAACGCGUCAGAAACGAAGUUUUUCUUCGUGUAGUAUGUAUGAGUGCUACAUGUGUCGCAAGUAUAGAUUUUACUGCAAUAGUUCUUGCCGUAUUUAUUGUCGAAUGUUUGGUAAAUAAAUGUAGUCUAUUUCCACUUAAUAGCAUAGGCAUAUACAACGAGUGAAUAACAAUUGGGAAUAUUUAAUUUGUAUAUUGAGCAAAUGAAUAGCAUAUUUGAUCAUGACCCACAUAACGGGUUUACACUAACAUUUAAUUUUCAUUAAUAAAGACUUAUUCAUUUGCAUUUUCAUUAGGAAUAAAUACGUUUUUCUCAAUGAAUUAUACUAUGCCUUUUAUAAAAAUACAAAGAAAAUGAAAAGUAGGAAAAAAAUCACCAAGUGAUAGAAAUUCAACUAUUCUACUGAAUUUCCUUUCCGCGACCAAGACAACUCUACUAACUAGCUAAGCUUCAUAAUGAUGCUUAGUUUAUGUGAAUAUGGUGUUUACGUUUGUCUUGUGAGACAUAUGCCAUUUAUAGUGACUUAGUUCACUGCUUGUCAAUUUUUGGCCUUCGGCCUAAAAUCAGUUAAAAAUAGAUUAAUAAAUAAAUGAAAAGUC